ACUCGUAGAAACAGUGAAGGGUAGCAGUCGAUGUGGAAAGUGAAAGCAUUGGAUGUUAUGACAGGUGCCCGAUACGAAACUAAAGAUCCUUGCUAUAAGUACCGAGUGAAAUGGCGGACGAUUUAGAUGAGGAAUGGUGGCUGAACAACCAAGAGGAAACCCAAAAUCACUCCGAUGACGAAAGAUUUGUAAAACUAACUGAAGAUGAAGCGAAAGAGAACGAAAAAGAUGUUCCUGCUAAAAGGAAGCUGAAAGAAUCUUCAAAUAGUAGCAAGAAAAGGAGAUGGAAAAGGAGGAAAAUAACUGAGGAAUUAAAACAGAAUGCUCCGAAACAAGGUGAAGCUAAGGAUAUGAUAGCUGCCAUCCAAAAACAUUGUGAAGCCAAGUUAACAGCCGCUGACUGGGAACAAAUGAAACUCGAUUCUGACCACUUCUUUGAUUCGAAUACUGAUUCUUUGAUGCCUUCCAUAUAUUUGAAACUUGUCCUUCCAAAAUGGUCGAAAAUGCUGAAGAAAAAAAAGGAUCUUAAGGCAGGAUCUCCCCUUGUAUUGAUUAUUGCCAGUUCAGCCAUUCGUUCUGUUGAACUGAUAAGGGAAGUUGCUCCGUUCAAAGGCGAGGGCACUAAAACUGCUAAGUUAUUUGCUAAACAUUUCAAGUUGAAAGAACAGACAGAAUUUUUAUCAAAAACUGUGAUCCAUAUCGGGGUGGGGACACCCAAUCGCAUCAAUGCUCUUCUAACAAAUGGUGCUUUGAAGUUAAAAACUGUCAAUGCUGUAGUGAUAGACUGGAAUUGGAGAGAUGUCAAGUCUCACCGACUUGUCGACAUUCCCGAAGUCUUUUCCGAUCUGAUGGUAUUAUUCAAGACAUUCUUGAGCCAGCAUCUCCAAGAAAACCAAUGCAAAAUUGGUCUGAUGUAGCAGUAAUCCAGAUGGGGUUUUGGGGUGGGGCUUUUUCUUUUCUUUUUUUUUUUUUUUAUAAAUAAAAUAUUUUUUAUAAAUUA